CUGCUCUCUGAAUCAUGUUCCUUUGAAUCAGACUCUGCUCUCUGAAUCAUGUUCCUUUGAAUCAGAUUCUGCUCUCUGAAUCAUGUUCCUUUGAAUCAGACUCUGCUUUCUGAAUCAUGUUCCUUUGAAUCAGACUCUGCUUUCUGAACCAUGUUUCUCUGAAUCAGACUCUUUCAGUGGAUUCUCAGGAAAAGCAUCAUGAGUCUGGGCUGAGCUGCUCUCAGUUUAAACUCUUGGCCAAAGAGGCAGAACUCAACAACGACUACCAGCAAGCCGCACAGUAUUAUCAGGAGUGUGUGGUUCGAGAUGACAGUGAGCCGUCCCACUGGUUUGAUUAUGGAGCGUUUCACAUGCUGACCGCUGAUCACAUUAAAGCAGAAGAGUGUUUCCAGCGUGCCGUGUCCAUUGAUCAAAAACACACAUCCAGUUUACUGAUGUGUGGCGUUCUGUCUGAGAUGAGUGGACGUUGCGAGGAUGCCGAGACCUUCUUUGAAAGUGCCACUUGCGUUGAGCCUGACAGUGUGGUCGCCUGGACUUUGUUUGGUCUGUUUUGCCAGUCUCAGGAGAGAUCCUUCCAGGCUGAGAUGGCUUUUCUGGAGGCCAAUAAGCAGCUUCGUUCAGUCCUGAAGAACAAGCCAAAGGCCACUUCUGAACAUCAGACUGAACCUGGUGAGAAGAAUCCCCAGACGGACAAAACCAGGAAAACUUCAGCUGGCAAGACAGAGGAGACAGAUAUAGAUGUUCAAACCGUAAAUAAAGACGACAACCGGGAUUGCAAAGAAGAAGCAGAAAUUUCCCCCUCCAAUGUCAAAACCACCAUUUACACAGAGGCCGUGCGAUUCCUCCUGCAGAAUUAUGCAUUACAGAUGGCACAUCGGGCACUAGCUCAAGAGCUUCUCUCUCCAGAUCGAGGAAGCAACAGCUCGUAUCAUCUCGCUCUGGCUCAGCUCCAGCUGCUGAGAGGAGAACACAACAGCGCCGAGGAGAGCCUGCGAGAGGCACUGACCCACAACUUACAGAAUCCAGACGUAUGGGCUCUGUGGGGUCAUCUGAAUUACAUGAGGGAGGAUUUCUCUCAAGCUAAGAGCUGCUAUGAACGGACGCUUGACUCGCUGGAUGCGGCGGACACACACUCCGUACAUCUCCGCCUGGGAUCCAUCUAUUUGCAGGAAGGGGAAUAUAAAAAAGCCAGAGGUACUUUUCAGCGGGCCUGCAGAAGCUCUCCCUCUUGUCUUACGUGGCUCGGGCUGGGAACUGCCCACUAUAGAAUGGAUGAACUAAAAGAGGCUGAAGACGCUCUGACUAAAGCCAGUGCACUAAACAGCAGGAAUGCAGAAGUCUAUGGCUUCCUGACUUUACUUUAUUUACGGGCUGGCAGAAAACCUGAGGCUGAGCAGUCAUAUAAAUAUGCUGUAAAGAUGAAUUUACAGAAAGAGUUUCUUCUCCAGGAGAUUCAUGAUCUGCAGGCACGAGCUGGAUUUGAAAAGCCGUUCUUUUGAUUGUUCUUGCACAUACUUAACAUGUGAUUUAAAACUUUCAUUUCUAAUUUAAAUCAGCAAAAUUGUCUCACAGAUUUAUGAUACAAUGAUCCUAAUAAAAAUGUGAAUGGAAAUAAAUAUGA